UUUAACUCUCUCCCUCUGCUAUCGGUUGCUCGCCGGGAUCUUUUCCGGCCAGAGUUGUUGCUGCCUGAUGGCCGGAUCCGCCGCCGAACUGCUGGUAAAGCGGGAGUUCUUAUCGGGUGAUUCUAAAUCGAUUUGGACCAAGCCAUGACGACAUAGAGCAGUUCUGCUUUCUCUCGUCCCCACUAGAAACUCAAUUUACUGCAGCCGGCUAAGCUCGGAAAAAUGAAGAAGAUGUCGUCCAUGAAGUCCCACUCAUGGUGGUGGGACAGCCAUAUUAGUCCGAAGAACUCGAAAUGGCUUGCCGAGAAUCUGGAAGAGAUGGACAAGAGCGUGACGAGGAUGCUAAAGCUGAUCGAAGAGGACGCCGACUCGUUCGCCAAGAAGGCGGAGAUGUACUACGAGAAGCGCCCUGAGUUGGUCUCCCUCGUCGAGGACUUCUACCGCAUGUACCGGUCGCUUGCCGAGCGAUACGACCAGGUGACGGUCGAGCUGAGGAAAAACGUGCCGGCAGAGAUGCAGUCCCAGGGCUCCUCCGACCUCUCGGCUGACGGCUCCCCCCCUUCGAGCCGGUCUAAGAAAAGCCGCCGUCCUGAAACGAAACACCGUGCUGCUGGCUUCGACGUGUUUCUCGGCUCGGGCGGCAGUGCCACGGAGCGGUCCCGCAAGAGCAGUGAUUCCUCCUCCUCUUCCUCCUCCGAUUCGGGAUCCGAGUCCGAAGUCUCGGAUGAAUCGGUUCGCAAAAUAUUGUUUGGGUCGCCGGGGAACGGCAACCACGAAGAUGUGCAGAGCAAGAUAGCGUCGCUGGAAUCGGAGCUCGCGGCGGUCAGCGAGAAGCUUAGGGUCACUGAGGAGGAGGCCCGCAAGGCUAACCUCGAGAUGGACGAGGUGCGGUUGGAGACCGAGGCGAGGAAAUCGGAGUUCAGCGCCUCGGUAACAAAGCUGGAGGGAGAGGUCGAGAGACUGCGGGCUGAACUCGAGGAAGCUCGCGGGGAGGUCAACGAACGAAAGGCGGAGAUCGAUGUGCAGGCAGCUAGAGCAGCCGAGCUUCAGGAUCUCGUUGCCGAGAUAAAUCGCGAAUCGUCUCAGGCUGCCAAACAAUUCUCGUCGGAAAAGUUGCAGUUGGAGAAAGAUCUCCAACUUCUGCUGAAGUCUCGAGCCGAACUGGAGGGAGAUUGCGCGCGGUGGGUCUCGAAGGCGGAAUCACUAGAAUCGGAGAUUGCAAACUUGAAAACGGAGAGGUCAGACUUGGAAACCCUGUACGAGACUGUGAAGGUCGAGAACUCUGCACGAGAAAGCCGUAUCGACGGAAUGAACCGGGAAUUGGAUGAGGCGAAACAGAGGCAGGACACUCUCGUAUCGGAGAAGAACGGACUCGAAGCCCGUGUACUGGAGCUCUUGGCCAUGGUGAACGUGAAGCGGGAGAACGCCAUCGCUGAAGCGGCGGGAAAAUUCUCGUCGGAGAAGUCUCGCGCCGAGAAAGAGCGAAACGAGCUGCUGAAAUCCCAGGAGGUCCUUCAAGCGGAACUUGAGCGACUCAGAACAAAGGGAGAAUUUCUGGAAUCGGAAAUAUCACGCCUCAGGGCUGAUAGAUCCGAGCUGCAAAGCCUGUUCGAGGUGGCAAAGGCUGAAAAUUCUUCCAAAGAAGCGCGCUUGGACAGGAUAAAUAGGGAAUUAUGCGAGGUAAAGGGGCGGUAUGAUAGUCUCGUCUCGGAGAAGGAUGCACUUGAACUCCGCGUUCGGGAACUGACGGAUUCCGCCAGGAGUUUGUCAUCGGAGAAAUCCGCUCUCGAACGUGAUUUGUCUGAGUUGCGUAUGUCACGUGAAGAUCUGGAGAAGGAGAUCCAGGAGUCGAAGCGGAAGAUGGAGUCGCUUGAAUCGGAAAUGCUGAGCCUGAAAGCGGAGAAAUCAGCAGCGGUGAGCCGGUUUGAGUCGGUUCAAGCUGAGAAGGAUGCACUUGAAAUCCGGAUGCUCGAAAUGACGGACUCCGCCAGCAAUUUGUCGUCGGAAAAAUCUGUUCUGGAACGUGAAUUGUCUGAGUUGCGUACAUCGCGGGAAGUUCUGGAAAUAGCGAUCUGUGAACUGAAGCAGAAAACUCAGUCGCUUGAAUCAGAGUUGUCAAGCCUGAGGGCGGAGAUAUCAGCAGCCGAUAACAGGUUCGGGGCGGUUCAGGCAGAAAAGCUGGCUGUGGAGGAGAGAUUGGAGGAAGUGACCAGGGAAUCGGACGAAGUACGAGCGGAACAUCACCGUCUCGUCUCGGACAGGUCAACUUUUGAAGCCCGGAUCAAGUCACUGGAGGACGAGGUUGCGAACUCCUUCGCAGAGGGGGCUCGAAUCAUGGACGAACUAUCCAAGUUGUCUCGGGCUUCGUCUGCUCUGGAAGAGGAGCUUCGAUUGUCCGUCUCAAAGGCGGAAUCACUGGAAGCGGACAUGUCGAGGCUUGAGACCGAGAAAUCGGAUCUGGAGGUCCGGUACGAGGCUGUGAGGGUGGAAAACUCGGAGAAAGAGAAGAGGCUGGAAGCAGCGAACCGGAAUUUGGACGGUUGGAAGCUCAAGUACGACAUGCUGGUGGCGGAGAGGGACACGCUGCAGGCAAGGAUCUCGAAUCUGGUGGUAAAAUCCGAGAAUGCUGAGAACCGGAUCCGGGAGAUGGAUAAGCACCUGAGUGAUCUGCAUGUGGAACACGCGCGCUUGAUUGCCGGUGCGACUUCGGACGGGCAACGGGUCCGGGAGGCGCAGGCGAGGUCUGCGGCGCUGGAAGAGGAGGUGGAGCGGUUGAAGGCUGUGGUCUCGGAGGGGGCGGAGGCGAAGCGCGAGGUAAUCCGGCAACUGUGCUUCUCUCUGGAUCACCUUCAAGGCAGUUACGACGAGCUCCGGCGGGCGCUGCAUCAUAACAAGAGGAGCACCGUGCUGGCCUCGUGAAUGAUCUUCGGCGGCAGUCGAGUGUCCUCUGUAAGUUAGUGUUCUGAGAAGUUCUCCGCGUGGCGAACUCGAGUCGUUGAGGAAGUGAAAUAUUGUUGGGUCCGAACUGCGACCGUCUUGGGUCCUUUGGGUCCAGUAUUAGAAUUGUUUGGCGCUGCCUUAUUUUGGGAAUUUGUACACAUUUCGUUUCGGGUCAACUUGGUCUCAUUUUGUAAUGGACUGGAUUCACCAGUUCAAUAUUAGAACAGUUGGCUGUAUCUAGCUGCCUGGCUCCUUGGUCGAGGGCCGCCUUUUGUUGGCUUCACAUCCUCACCUAGCACUAUGUACUGGUGUGGGGGAUAAAUUUGGUGGAUUUAAUAUUCCUUAGGA